GUCUCGAGCUUGAUUAACUAGCGCUAAACCGGGGCGUGAGCUGCUGUUUAGCUGGCGGGGGAGCUGUCAGCUGGUGGGCGCCGGCGCGAGCGGGAACUGAGAAGAGAUGGCGGCAGCCGCGGGGAAGGCCAGGGUGGUGGUGGUCGGCGGUGGCGUCGCCGGCUCCCUCCUCGCCAAGACCAUGCAGGGCCACGCCGACGUCGUCCUCGUCGACCCGAAAGAAUACCUGGAGAUCCCCUGGGCUGAACUGAGGUCAAUGGUAGAGCCAUCUUUUGCUGAGAGAUCGUUGAUCUAUCACAAAGAUUACCUCACCGAAGCAACCAUCGUGACAUCUUCUGCAGUCAAUAUCACUAAUGAUGCCGUCCUGACAGCUGACAGUCAAUCUCUUCCAUAUGAUUAUCUCGUCAUAGCGACUGGACAUGCUUUGACUUCUCCUGGCAGUAGAGCUGAGAGGAUAAAGGAAUUCCAGAGAGAUAAUGGGAAGAUAGAAUCAUCAGAUUCUGUACUGAUAAUUGGGGGUGGACCAACUGGUGUUGAACUAGCUGGAGAGAUCGUGGUAGACUACCCGGACAAGAAGGUGACACUUAUCCAUAGAGGACCACGUCUACUCGAAUUCAUUGGAGAUAAGGCUUCAAAGAAGACUCUUGAUUGGCUGACUUCAAAGAAAGUUGAUGUGCUUCUUCAGCAAUCAGUUGACUUGGGUUCAUUAUCUGAUAACGAAAAGGUGUACAAAACAUCAGGUGGAGAAACAAUUACUGCUGAUUGCCAUUUUGUAUGCAUUGGCAAGCCACUGAGUUCAUCGUGGCUACAUGACACCAUCCUUAAGGAAUCUUUGGAUAACAAAGGGAGAGUAAUGGUGGAGAAGGACCUACGAGUGAAAGGUUAUAACAACGUUUUUGCUAUUGGUGACAUCACAGAUAUUCCUGAAAUCAAACAAGGGUACCUCGCCCAGAAGCACGCGUUACUGGUGGCAAAGAACCUGAAACUACUGAUCAAGGGUUCACCAAACACCAAAUUGGCUACUUACAGCACUGGCUAUCCAUUGGCACUGGUCUCUCUUGGAAGGAACGAAGGGGUGGCUCAGUUACCAUUCCUGACGCUCAGUGGGUGCUUACCAGGCAAGAUCAAGUCUCGGGAUCUAUUCAUAGGCAAGACAAGGAAGCAGAUGGGCCUGAAUGGUUGACUUCAUCCAUGGAAGCAUGAAAAUGAAACUGCUUGUGCCCUGGUUUUCAGACAAGGAAACGGAAUUUCUUCACAUAAAGAAUGUGCUGUGCUGAUAUGCCCUGUAUUUGUGCGAAGUGUGAUGGUGUGGUUGCCUGAAUGGUGGUGAACAAAGUGUGUUAUGUGCAUGCCUGAACGGUAAUGAACAAAGUGUAUGCUAUGUACAUGUAUUUUUAUGAAAGAAAGUUAUGUACAUGUAUACAAUACAAGGACCCAUUUGGUCCAAUACAAUGUUGUGUUCAAACAGUA